UAGCCCAGUUAGCCGCAGUGCUGCCAGCUCCGGUCAGUCCAGUCCUCCAGCAGCUCUGAGCCCCAGAAACAAACCACAGCGGGCGGAGACAUCACGCAUUUAACCGCUCAGCUCUGAUUAAUCGGAUAAUACCCGUUAUCUGUUGGUUUGGGCCGAAUACUCGGAACACAGGGAGUUACCGAUACGUUAGCUCUGUGUUAGCCUCCGGAGCUAGCCGCGCAGCCCUGCGUGCUGGCGUCACUUCCUGCUUUUAAAACUCGCGGCCAGAAAAUAACGAAAGAAAAAUGGAGCUACAAGUGGGAUCUGAACCGAUGACCCUGGGCUCUCCCACCUCUCCAAAGUCGACCCCUGGAGCUCAGUUUCUGCCCGGUUUCCUGAUGGGCGACCUGCCGGCUCCGGCCAGCCCGCAGCCCCGCCCCUUCAGUCUGACCACGCCCAUCGCAGAGAGCACAGGAGGAGGUGGAGGUUCGGCCCCGCAGCCCGUCGUCCCCACGCCCAAAGAUAAGAGCGGAGCCCCACCUGUUCGCAGUAUCCAUGACGACCUGAUCAAUGUGGCCACGCCCCUCAGCACACACAGACAGUCUUUUCCAGUGAUGCAAACUCCUCUGUCGGCACGCGGAGCCUCAACUCCAGGUGUGCAGCAGCUGUGUCUGUCUCCGGCUCAGGUGGACCCGUUCUACAGUCAGGGAGAGUCUCUGUCAUCUGAGGACCAGCUGGACCAGACCUGGGUCACCGUGUUCGGUUUUCCUCCAGCGUCAGCCUCCUACAUCCUGCUGCAGUUCGCUCAGUACGGAAACAUCCUCAAACACACGAUGGCGUCUCCUGGAAACUGGAUGCACCUCCAGUAUCAGUCCAGGCUCCAGGCCAGGAAGGCUCUGUCCAAGGACGGCAAAGUGUUCGGAGACGCCAUCAUGGUGGGAGUCAAACCGUGCAUCGACAAGAGCGUGAUGGACAGCAGCGUCGCCGUCUCGCCUCCCCUCUCCACCUCCUUCUCGUCCUCCGCGCUCCCCUCCACGCCUCGCUCCGCCAUCCGGCCGCUCAGCGCCGCCUACAGGAGCUCCGGCAGCGACUACCAGGUGUUGGCAGACAGACAGACUCCCAGGAAAGACGACAGUUUUGUUUCCAAGGCGAUGGAGUACAUGUUUGGCUGGUGACAUCACACAAUGCAUCAUGGGAGAGAGGGGAAUCCAUGGACGGACGGAUGAACUGAUUCACUACACUGUGUGUGUGUGUGUGUGUGUGUGUGUGUGUGUGUGUGUGUGUGUGUGCGCG